UUCGAACUUUGAAGCUACUGACAUUAGUGGGAGUUUGGAAAAUAGCAAUAGUGUCAAAAACUGCCUACGGUCUGAAGGUUCUAGGAGAGAGCCCAAUUGACUUCCUCUUUGAUUUCAUUGAGGAGUCAGAGGGUCCAUUUGGAGCCGGUGGAAAUGCCAGUCGCCACGGUGACUGAGGUCACUCUGGUUGAAUCUGCAGGUUCAGGUCAGGUUAACAGCACUGUGGAGGCUCUGGGUGGAGGGGAAUAUGUUGUCCACUUUGACAGGAUCCCAUCAGUUGAGUUUGUUGUACUUGUGAAGGGGCAAAACGACAAUAGUAUCUCUAGAGCAUCUUCAGGGAUCUUCCAAAGGCAGUCCACCACCAGCCUGAGAGCCCUGCUCUCAAUGUUGCUGUUUUUAUUCCUGGAUGCUGGAGGUAGUGCUAAUGGUACAGUGAACAUCACGGCACCUCCUAACACCCCAUCUGGUACUGUCAUCACUCUAACUAUUGAGGCUCUGGCUCCAUCAGGUGCAGACUCUGACUACGCUGUGCUGCAUCUAACUGUCCUUCCAACAGUUACUGAUUUCACUCCGCCAGUGUGUAAACUGCUCAGCCUGAACUCUGACUGCCCUAAAAACUGCAAGCAGUCCAUGUGGGACCUCUCUGUCCAGGUGACCGAUGGAGUAAACGGGACGGGUGUGGACAGAGUCAGUCUCAGAGAAGGCAGCGGCGCUUUAAACAUCAGCAUGGCAGCUGGCAAUGAGAAUGUGACUCUAGUGCCUUAUGUAGCUUCCUGCUGCUCACCUGAUGUGCAGCUGGUGGCUGUGGAUCAAGUUGGCAAUGUGGAGAUCUGUCGUUACUCUGGUGCAUCUUGGUCCUCAAGAGUUGAUUACUCGAUUUUACUUUGCUUCACAUUAUUGAGCCUCUCUCUUCAGCCUGAGAAUGUGAUCAUCUGAUCAUGUUAGAAAAUCUGACACAUACUAAAUACAAUCAGGUGGUAGAUUGCAUAUCUAAUCCAAUACAGUAGAACACUAAUGGCAAAGCUCAAUUAAAUGUAAACUUUGGUUUUGGGAAGGAUUUGUUUUUGCUCUUUCAGCAAACUUAGUUACGGUGGCCGACAGGUGCGAAUUUGUAGCAAACGGCUAAAUGUGCCACAUACUAUGAAAACUGCAAACACAUGAACGAUGCAAACUUGAAAACACAUGAACACAAAAAACGAUAUGACAGAAAAAUGCUGCAAUCAGA